ACUAUCCGUUAAUCUUAAAUUAUUAUUGCGUUAUAAAAGUAAUAUUUUUGAGAUAGAAAUAAUACCUUAAAGCGGGAAAAUAGUAUACUAUAUAUUGAAGUUUAUUGUACAGUUGUAAACGCAGGAUGAAGGUUAUUUUUUGUUUGAACUAUAUCUAUUUUAAAAAUUAUAAUCUGAAAAUAUAAGUAUCAUUUUAAUAUUUUGUACAUACGUUCAGCGUUACAAUAAUAACCUGAAUUAUUUUAUUGACUCGCGUUUUUAACGGCUAUUAUCAUGAAACCUGGCACGAAGGUUUCUGCCGCCAAAACCGUUACUCCUGAGCAGGAUAAGGUUAGAAAGUCUUUGCACGUUUUGCAGCCAGCAGCAACUGAUAAAGAAAAUUUAGUUGGUGGUGGGAGGAGGAUGCUUAGAUCUGCUCUUCCAGCAAAGGAAACAAUAAAAAAUGAAGUGAAAGAAAAACCAAAAAUUGAUGAAAAGCCAAAACGUAAGAAAAUAGUUUUAAAAGAUAAAGCUGUACAAACUACAAGAGGAGGAAAAAUAAAAAUUGAAGUUGAAGAUUUGACAUCUGAAGCUGGCCUUAGUGAAAAUUAUUGGGAAGUAUUAGCUGAAAGACGACGGAUAGCACUUGAAGAUGCUUUAAGCAUCUUCAAAGAUAACAGAGAAUUGACUGAGCAGGUUGAAACAUUAGAAGAAGAAAAUCGUAUUUAUAAAGAAAUGUUAGAUGAAUCUAGAGCACUGGUUGAAGUUUCACAGGAAAUGAUUGGAGAAGAUAGAAAUGAUAUAAAUAAUUCCCUAGAAGAUACCAUUUAAUAUUUUAUUUAAUUUAAUAUUAUGCAAUCAAAUAGCAAUUAGUGCCUUAACUCUUGAUUCUUCAAACAUUAAAGAUCGUUACGGAAUUACCAGCUUGGCCUUUACAUCAAGGAGAAGCCAUUUGUUGCUCACUUUGUUUAACAGUUAUUACCAGCGGCAGAGUAAUAUAUAACGAGAAUAAUUAUCACGUUACUUGUGCAAAUCUAUGGCUUAAUUGUGUAAAUAGUAAUUUGCCCGUGAUGCGGCAUCCCGUUUAUUCUCAUUCGAACACAUGUCCAGGUAACAAUCAUAUUUGAUAUUGAUCUGUAGAGAAAAAAGACAAAAAAUUGCGUUCAAAAAUUUUUUAAUGUACGCAUAUUAAUUUACUAUGAAAAUUUAUAGAAAAUCAGAGUGAACUAACUUUAUAUUUAAUUAAUGAUUAGAAAAUCAAACAUUAACAUUUUUAAAAAUUAUCCAAUAUAAACGCGGUUUUAAAAAAUCUGGAAAAUGUUUAUGAUAAGAAAAAGAAUUUCACGAAAAUUGUACAUAUUCUUUAAAAAUCGAACAUUUUCAAAAUCGUAUUAAUUAGUUCUUUUAAAAACUGUACAGAUAUCAAAAAAUUUAGAGGAAAUAUUAAUAUACUAUAAUCUUUUGAAAUUAGAAAAAAAGCAAAAAAAUCGCGAACAAAUCUUACAAAAAUCUUAAAUAUAGUCAAAAAGGUUGGAAGAAUUUCAAUAGAAUUCUGAAAAUCUGAACAAAAGUUCAUAUCAAUCAAAUCAAAUAUAAUAUUUUCGUGAAGAUCUUAUAAAAUUCUUAGUGCAAAUUAUGAAAUAAGUAAUUAGAUUAUUCUAUUAAAUAAUAUUAAAAAAAAAAAUACAGUAGUGAUCUUACAAUUUUGAAAUUAUCGUUGACUUGUAUCUCGUGGUCUGUACACUAUUCCUCUGCUUUUCAUCUCUCUUAUAACACCUGCUGGCAAUCGACCUGAUACUGAUAUUGCAUACACACCUUUACAAAAUCGAUCUGAAAAAAAAAAAACAAAAUCGAAUCUCAGUUCUAAUAAUAAAUAUUUAUAAUUUUGAACAAGAAAUUUUUUAGAAAAGUGUACAAAAUACAAAAAUAAAAUAACAAUAUUUCUUUUGCUUAACUUA